GAGGCCUCAGAUUUAGUUCGCUCUCAAUCGCACACGCUCGUGGACGAGGAUGCGGGAGGACAGCCAACUGGCAACAACACUGUAUGGAUUGCGCAGAUUGGAUCGUUAUUUAUUCGAGCUUGACCUAGCCUCCCCUGUUUCUAUACAGCGAACGGAACAAGCGAGCGAGAGAGCCGGAGGGGGAGCACUAGAGAAAGAUGACUAGUAGUAGUGGGUGCGAGUCUGGCUGGACUCUCUACUUGUACGGGUCGUCUUUCUCUCCCGAGAAUGAUUGUGGCGGUGGCGGCAGCAGAAUCCUAGAAAGUCGCGGGGUAGAGGAAGAGGAAGGAGGAGGAGGGGAGAGUUUGUCUAUGGUCUCCGACGCAUCCUCAGGACCUCCGUGUUAUUAUGAGAACGAGCCUUCCUUUUCCUCUUCCUCAGGUUGCGGCAAGAAGAGAUCGAAGAAGCCAGAGAGUGUCGCGAGGCAUCGCCAUUCGUGUUCCGAGGACACGGCGACUUCCCCACACCUGAACUCCACCAAGAAGAGCUUAAUAAACCCCUCACAAAAUCGAGUGUCGGCCAACCAUGUUUGGGAUUCUUCAGAUGGUUACUCCGCGGGCCGCGGGAAGGGAAAGCACCAUGAUUUCUCGGAACCCUCACAGGAUGCGAGGGUGAGACAGCUCAGAAAAGCAGCAAAAGGCCUCUCGAAGAGCUCAACCUGACAUUCCACUUCACGAAUCGGCGAAAUCAAUUAGUUUCACAGAAGAAAUCAUGUGAGCUCUACAUGUUUUCAUGGGCCGAGAUGAACUUUCUAUUUCAGUGCACGUAGUCUUCCUCGUUUUGGUUUGAAGGCAGCUUACGUAAUUACGCUGUGGUACAACUUCUGUUGUUACCAAAGCACAAGGGAGAAGAAAAAGAGAAACUGUUGUUGCAGAUUUCGCAGAGGCGAAACAUGGUCUGAUCCGAAGAGGGCACUGAAAUUUUGUUGGACCAUCUUUCUGUGGAUCAUACAAAUCAUCUCUCCCCUUUCGUUUACUGGGAAAUAAAAUGGAAGAAUGUCUUGCGUCUUUCUGUCACCACCUCGGGGAACAUCCUCAGAUGUUGAGCACGUAUAAGAUGACACACGGUACAGUUAAUUCUCAGAUCAGUUGUCUGCUUCUAUUGUGUUUUCUGUAAUACUUUAUGCUUAUUUUAUCGAGAGUAAUGUCUUGGCAUCUAA